ACUGCAUUAAUUGCUCCAACAGCCAUAUUUUUGAAAAUCUGGUCGUUGGGGACCCUCUUUUCUCUAUAUUGGGACCCCCUCUCUUCACUUUUACACACACAAACACAAAUUUCUUCAAUAUCUCUACAUAUUUCAUCUUCUCUACUCUAAUCUUUUGAGAUUUCUUCACCAUGGGCAAAGAUAAGGGCAGGGCAAGAACCUCCGGGAAAUCAAAGUCCAAAUCCCAGGCGCCUACGACAUCCUCCGAGGAACGCCUUUACUACGGCGACGGGUCAUACCUCUGGUUUGAUUCCGAGGAGGAACGCACCCGUUUCCUCACCUUCUUCUCUAAACGGGUUGUGGCUCCCCCGCGAAUCAUCCCGGAGUGCUACCCGGAGUUGCAGGGUUACGACGACCUAGACGCACAACUUCAUCAAGCCGGCCUUUGGUCGUUCAUCUCCCGGGCGCGGAAGGAGAUCAACCCGGCACUGAUCCGGGCCUUCUACUCCAACCUCCGGCGUGAGGACGAUGUCAUCUACAGCCUCGUCAAGUCCACGCCGAUUGAGCUCACUUUAGAGCAGCUUGGGCGCAUCGCCGCCCUUCCCUUCCAAGGCGACGAUGUCUUUCACUAUGGCGGAGAGGACUGGGUGCUCAACAACGAGGGCCUUAUCCUCAACGAGCUUGGCAUCACCGAGCUCAUACGCCAUGCCUCGGGCCGCCCCACCAUCUACUCCGCUAACCCCGAAGGCCGUCUCGUUCUCUACAUCGUGUCCCGGAUCAUCAAACCCUGGAAGCACGGCCACACAAUCAUGUCCGGAGAGGACCUCAAGCUCGUCCACGCGAUCAUGCACUCGGCCCCAAUCAAUUGGGCGAAGUUUGUCAUGAUCAACAUGACGAUCGUCGCGUCCACCGACCACGAUCACCUCCUCCCGUACCCGUUUUUGGUGAUGGACAUCCUUGAACGGUUCAAGGUAACCACCACCGUUGGCCCGCUCACGAAGGCCACGAAGCUUUGGACGAUAAGCGCCCAAACCUUCACCAAGCGGUCAGACAACGCCGCGCCUGCCACUGCCGCGCCACGCCGCACUGCCCCUGCCGCUGGCCCAGCCGAACCUGAGGCCCGGGCCAACCUCGCCUCCAUCGCUGACUCCCUCAACCGGCUACACCUCAAAGUUGACGGGAUGGAUGGCUACCUUGAGCGGCUCGACGAGGCAGUCCAACGCCAAGGGUACGCCAUGAACGCGUAUUUCCAACGCGUUAACUACGUCCCCCCACCGUACCAUGGCACAUUCUUUGGGCAAGUGUACGGUGACGAGGACGAAGACGAUGCCUCCUAUGCCCCGUCAAGCUCCCCGGAUGACGACGAGUUCGAUGACGCCAUUGAUGGUGGCGAGAUGGACGUCGACGACGACGAGGACGAAACCGAAGACGAAAACUAGGACACCCCUAGAAUUUCUAUCUCUUUUCCUUUAAUUGUCUUGUUUUUUUUAAUGCUUCCGUUGUACUCCGCUAUUUCCCAUCAAUAAAUAAGUAUCUUUUAUCUUUUUGUUAAUGUCAAAAGGGGGAAGAAAAGGGCUAUGCAUAU